AUGUCCGAUAGUGAACAAGGGUCUUACAGUACCAAAGAAACUUCGGUGGCUCCUUCGGACAAUAUAAAAUUAGUCAAAAGAUCAGUGCCAUUCAACACUCCCAUUAAUCCUAUAAAACCACCCUCAUUGGAAUUAACUGCAGAUCAAACUGAAAAAUACAAUGAAGUUUUAGCUCAUUUCCAAAAUCUGUUGGAUAAAGAGUUUGCCAUCCCUGAUACUAACAAAACUGAAAAAUUGGUGGAUUUAGAAAAAGCUUGGUUGACCAAAGAAUGUUUUUUGAGAUACCUUAAUGCCACCAAAUGGAAAGUGGAUCAUGCUAUAAAAAGAAUCGAAGAAACCAUACUCUGGAGAAGAUCUUUUGGUCUUGUACCAUUAUCAAACCAUGACGUUGAUAUUAUUACCCCAGACAUGGUGGAAGCUGAAAAUGUUACAGGAAAGAAUUUAAUCAUUGGUUAUGACAACGAUAACAGACCAUGUCUUUACUUAAGAAAUGGUUAUCAAAAUACUAAGCCUUCAAUUUUACAAGUUAAACAUUUAGUUUUCAUGUUGGAGAGAGUGAUUCAGUUUAUGCCACCAGGUCAAGAUAAAUUAGCAUUAAUGACAGAUUUUAAACUGGCACCAGCAGAAUUAAAAUUAUCAUCAAAGUUACCAUCAAUUUCAAUCUCGAAACAAGUUUUGCAUAUUUUACAACAUCAUUAUCCUGAAAGAUUGGGAAGAGGUUUAUUUACUAACAUCCCGUGGAUUGGAUAUACUUUUUUCAAACUUGUAAGUCCAUUCAUUGAUCCAUAUACUAAACUGAAAACCAUUUAUGAUCAACCUUUCGAAAAUUUCGUGCCUUACGAACAAUUAGAUAAAGAAUUUAAUGGUGGUAUUGAUUUCGAAUACAACCAUGAUGAAUAUUGGCGAGAAAUGAAUAGAAUGGGUGAUAGGAAAUGGAGUAAUUACUUGGAAAAUUUCGACAAAUUAGGGAAAUCAAUUGGUUUAAGUGAAUACGACUUACGUUUAGGAUAUGAUCAAUAG